GUCAAAAUAUUAAAACAAUAUCGAAGACAUGUCAAUGAAUCUAACCAAAGUACAGAAAAGAAACAAGUGCCUAAAUUGAACAAUAUUAAAAGGGACAAAACACCUGAAUUAGACGAUAUUGGGAUAG